AUGGCAACGGAAAGCGGACUGAUCGUCGGCGGGAACCUCGCGAGAAGGGAAAGCGAGAGCAGCGACAGGACGUUGCCAGCUGCGGAGGGCAACGAGGAGGUUCCCGCCGUCGCCGCUACUGCUCCACGACAGAAAGUUGCGGCCCAGACAAAGCGACUGGAGCGUUACAGGGAAUGGGACCCCUUCGACAUUCCACCUCCCAAGGAAAGAGUGAUUGAAAUACGCCACUUCCAGCAGGCUGCACGGGACGUCAAGACCACCCCAUGCCUCUUGUUACUGGGGAAUAUAUCAGCCUUUGUGUUUCUCAUCAUCACGUCCCAUCUCGCGAAGCACUUGUUCGCGCCCACGGUGUCGAGCACACAGAGUGUCCCAGAAGAUACAACACCGCAGGUCAUAGAAACAAUCCGAGAACAUAGAACGUGUAAUCAUUCGCGAUGCGGAGCCAUGGGACACGCGCUCAUGUACAGUCUCAAUGACGCCAUCUCGCCCUGUACCAGCGUCUGGGACCAUGCUUGCACUGGAUGGAUCAAAACGCCUGAACCGUUGUACCGUAAGGUGAUUCUUGGCUCCACAAAUUUCUACUUCGAGGACAUGUACAAGGAUAUGCAGAAAACCCUCCUGACCAUGAAUGUGGCCACACGCACGCCCAACGCAAUGCAGAAGGCAUCUCUCUUCUACCAGAGCUGUCUUCGGCACAAUAUGACAAAUAUUGAUAAAUUGGAUGAACUGAGAACAGUGUUCAACGGAUAUUCUAUGAGAAAUUGGCCUCACAUAACAUUUGCUGAGGAUGUCCUCGACACUGUUCUUCCCAGGCACCUACGUGACACUCAAGAUAAUGCAAUUUUGGCCAUAAGAACUGCGAACUAUGUUCCCGUAGCACCGAUUAUAGAAACAGCUCACCCUGUCAACAAGACAGUCUUCCUUGCCUUGGAUUGUCCGUCGUUCCCCAUGCCUCAUUACGUCUACACGCAGGCCAGAAUGGGUCAUAUGCGGGAUCGCUACUACACCUACAUGAAGGAGGCAAUCACCAGAUACUCUCCGAAUGUCAGCAAUGCUACGAUACGCAACAUAAUGGCCUUCGAGAUAAACCAGGCGUACGUGGUUCGCAAGCGCUGCUAUAGAAGACGCUUCAAGCGGGUUUCCGUCAGAAUCUUGACUAGAGACGUACCAGGAGUCGACUGGGUCACGUUUCUCAAUGAGGUUAUUGGAUCUAGAUCAUUGUUCAAGGUUAACAAGUGGACGGUGAUAUUAAUACGGUCGACGACAUACCUACGCUACGUGGCUAGUUUGAGGCAAGGACCCAAAAACGUGAGGGCAGUUAACUACAUCGGUUGGCGUUUGCUUCACCUUUUUGGGCGGCACGCGUCCACAGAGCUACGUCAUUACGAAGACACUUUCAAAGAAGUCGACAACGCGCGUCAAGGGCACGGACAGGAGUGCCUAAUGGUGGCCAACGACGUUAUGCCCAUUGCUGUCGGCAGAGUGUACGUGGAAGUGCACGCUCGAAUCAAGACGUUCAUUAAGGUCAACGCAAUGGUACGAAGUAUACUCUUCAGCUUCAAGCAUAUGCUCUCUGAAGCGUCUUGGAUUCUUGGUGGAGAGCUCCAAACUGUCUUUGCCCACAUUGAUGGAAUCCGAACGAUGGUCGGUAUUCCACCCUGGAUUGCAAACGACACGCUGCUCAGAGAGUACUACAGUGAUCUGGUCAUCGAUCCGUACGACAAUUCCUUCUUUGGGCUGCUAGUGAACGCCACUGCGCACGUCGCACGAAAACGUUUUACGGCCCUCGACAUCCAAGAAAAUAUUAUAUCUGGCACAGACGAUGAGAGAAAGAAAGCUGAAGGAACGACCACCAUCAGCAUCACGCACCUGCACUCUUUCAUCUUUCCAGCCAGGAUAGUAGACCUGAAUCUCCACAGGUACAACCCGCGUCAAUCUCUCCUGUACGAUGUUGUGGACAACGUUAUUCUCCUGCCGGCUGGCAUUCUGCAACCACCAUACUUCGAUCCGAACGUGCCGUACGCUCUAAACUACGGCGGACUCGGCGUGCUCCUGCUGCACGACAUUAUCACCGAAUUCUUUCGUUUCUAUUUCGACAUUUUUAACAACAAGUGGAGGUCAAAAGUUAAGUGCAUCAAUGAUGUCGUAUACAGCAAGAGGGAAGACUCAAGCGGCGGAGUCGAAGGAGAACGGGACACGUUCACCGCUGCCUUCACUAUGAUGAUGGUGCGCCUUGCAUACAACGCAUACCACGACUACAUGGAUGUCGACGACGAUGACGUCCUCUCCGGUGUCUGGCCAGGGGUCAAUCCUGACCAAAUGUUCUUCCUCUCGGCAGUGAGGACUAUGUGUUCCCUAACGCGCGACAAACACUGGGCGAAGCUCAUGAAGGGAGGAACGGUCGCGGCGAAUCGGUUACCGCUUCUAGAGAAGAUCCAACUUGCCCUUCAGGGCUUAGCAGAACUCCACGACGCAUUCCACUGCAGCAGGGAUAAAAAAGGCGAGUUCUACAUGUGUUUCGAAGAUGAUCCCGUCCUGGGCGAACGGAAACCCAUUUGA